UUUAUAUGUAUAUAAUCCCCGAGUUGACCCAGAAAACAGGCACUCGUUUCAAGAUCUGAUGCGGCCGUCUUUACGCUGUGGUCCCGCUAGAGUAUGAAGUUUAACCCCUUGGAAUAUAUUUUUUGAUCCUUUCGGAGCCUCGCCGUGCAGCGUAAAGCCCCCCAAAAAAGGAGACGUAUCUCUCGCCAACUCACUGAACUUUCCAAAACAAGAUCAGGCAGCUCACUGUGACUGGAGGUAGAAGGCAUGGCGGAGCAUCUCAUGAUGUCGAUGAACCACGGGGGCGCCGGCGGGGGCCUGCACGGCUACAGGAUGGGGAUGAACGGGGGCCUCCAGGGGGGGCCCCAGCAGCACGCGGGCCCGGCCGGCCUCCGGGGCCUGCCCAACGGGCAGAUGAUGCACUACGGCGGGGGGCCCCAGGGGGGCAUGGAGGCCGGGAUGCGGCAGAGGCCCGCCAUGGUGGGGGGGCUGAACGGGCAGAUGGGGCACCACCACCCCAUGGGUGGAGGCAUGAUGUAUGGCGGACAGAACCAGCAGCAGCAGCAGCAGCACCAGCACCACCCGCAGCAGCAGCAGCAGCAGGCGCAGCAGCACCACAUGCACCACCACCCACAGCAGCCCCAGCAGCAGCAGCAGUACCUGAGCGGGGGGCUCACCUCACAGCAGCUCAUGGCCAGCAUGCACCUGCAGAAGCUGAACACGCAGUACCACGGCCACCCGCUAGGGGGCAUGAACGGGAACCACACGGGCAUCGGGCCGCAGUACCGGGUCGGGGCGGCCCAGCUGGCCGGGAUGCAGCACAUGGGCGGCCCGGCGCUGGGCCUCAACGGCUUCAUGGACGCGGACCUGAUAGACGAGGAGGUGCUGACCUCCCUGGUGAUGGAGCUGGGUUUGGACCGGGUGCAGGAGCUGCCCGAGCUCUUCCUGGGCCAGAACGAGUUUGACUUCAUCGCGGACUUCGUCAGCAAACAGCAGCCGAGCAGAGUCAGCUGCUAGGAGAGAGAACGAGGGAUGGACAGAUGGGGAGGGAGGAAGAGGGGCAACACAGACCAAGAAGGAGAGAGGGAUGGGGAGAGAGAGGGAGGGGUUGUGAGCAUGUUGGGAUUUGGAUGCAGGGCAUAAGCGGGAGAUGACAAUCUUUCUGUUUUUAACUUGUGCUCAUGGGCCUGUGUGUGUGCACCCUACACAGACAUUCUUGUGCACGUCGGUGGGUGAAUUUUGGCACCAUCGGAACCGACCAGAAGCCCUGGAUUCGCCAAGACCACAAAAACAAGAAUGCCGAUGCGAUUCUGUGUUUUGGCCCCCCCCCCUCGCCCCCUUAGGGCGAAGGGGAUCAGGGGAGUGGCCAUCCCCUGCUUCCUGUCCAUCGUGACAGGAUGUGAUGAAUGUGACCUCCCUCCGCAGGAUUUCAGCCAAUCGGGACAAUGUGCAGACACUGAUGCCACACCUCCAUCUACCGAGUUUUUAAGGCAGUUAAACAAAAACAAAAAACAAAAAAAAACAAAAAAAGUUAUUUAUUUCGCCCCAUUGGGCUGAGUCCUGGAGAAGGUCCUGGAGAACAGAGGUUCUGCUUUCACUGAUAAUGGGGUUCACCUUUGACUGAUAACUGGGUUCUAUGUAUUGGGGCGGGGUUGGGGAGGGAGAGGAGUCUCCUCAGUGUGGGGGUUGUUUUAGAUUUUUAAUGAGCUGGUUUGAGGCCUGGUGCUUCACAACCAGCUCCUAUAAGACACAUCAGUUUAUCCAGAAUUUUCUUUUCUUUGGGGGGGGGGGUGGUUGAUCUUACAGGGAACUCAAGUAAGUUUGGUGAGAAUGGCGAGAGCUGUCACCUAAAUUUGGAAGAUUUUAAAGCCUCAAAACGCCCUCCUCAUUUACGCAAGCAAUGUGAUGGGUCGCUAUUUUUAUUUUCUGUUUUUUUAAUUUAUUUUUUCCCCAGUGUGUUUGCAUAGAGUUGGUCCUAAUGUAUGCUGGAUGUUAAUUUGCAUUAAGAUGGCAACACUAUGUGCGGCUCCAAUGCCUCCUUCAGAUCCUGCCUGUGCUGGUGUCAGUCGCUUCUUAUCUUACACUUCUCUGUAGUUGCCAGAUCCAAAAAAAAAACAAAAAAAUCCAAAAACCGAAAAUAAAAACAGGUUAAUUGCCGACAUGAACUUCUCCUGUGACAGACGAGUGGAAGCAGAGAUCCAGGGUCUCUGCGGACUGUAGAACUGCCUUAAUUAUUCUGCUUUUAUUUAUUACUGAUUGAUGAUUAUUAUUAUUAUUAUUUCUCUUGUGACUGGGUUUUUAUUUUCGUGUACAAUAAAGAUUGCCUGGUUGCACUUGUG